ACUCAGGUUGCAGCACUACAACCUAGGAUCAACAACUCAUAUGCUAGAAGGCUACUCCGAACAUCAGCUGUAGAGAACACAGCUGAGAUCUCAGCUGUGGAGAGCCCAGCUGAAAACUCAGCUGUGCAGUGUUCAGCUGAACUUACUAGCGCGCCACCCAGGGGUGGCCCCCCUUCCUUCCCCUAGUAUAUAUACAACUAGCUAGACGUCUAUAGAAAUCAGAGUUCACAUCAAUUUAACCUGAGUGUUAUGAGCCCGGAAAACUCAUACGGAUCAUCGCCUGCAUCACCGAUCAACGCAAAUCAGCAGACGAUAGACUCUCGAUCCACAAUCCUCCACAACCAACCUUGUUAUUAUUCCAUCACGUCUUCCAUCACAUCAUCCACAAUGCCAACAGAAAAUGUCAUUCUAUCAUCGCCAGCCGCAUGGGAAUCUUGGAUUCAAAUCAUCCAGGCAAAGGCCGAACGAAGGGAAAUCUGGCGCAUCAUCGACCCAUCGGAAACAGAUGCGAACGCCGAUGAAAUGCUUCCAGAACCUUCGAAGCCCGCGCCCCCAUCAGCUGACGACAGCACAUUCGCCGCGCAAAUGACCUGGAAGAUGGCAUACGAUGAAUACAAGAACAACAAGGCCCUAUUCGACAAGCAAAAGGAAUCAAUGCAGGACCUACGCAUUUUCAUCCUACAAACCAUAGAUGCCAAAUACACUACGUACACCUACGGCAUCUCAUCAGCACGCGAUCUACUUGCUAAACUCAAGAAAUCCAUUGCGCCAUCGGAUGAAGCACGCCGGCACGAAAUCUACAACCUAUGGCAGAACCAGAAGCACUUUCCUACUGAACAAACUGUGGAAAGUUGGCUGAUGGACUGGGAAACAUUGUACAGUGAUGCAUUAAGGCUACGGCUGCCCGAGGCCGCCGACAACCGUGCCCAAAUCGAUUUCCUACUGUCCCUGGUGGAAAAACAUCCAGAAUUCGCAGGCUACUGGCGCCAGGAAAUCGCACGCCGAACGGACACGAAGGAAUCAGCACCUAGCCUAGCAGACCUAGUCAGCAAGUUCCGAAUACAACGGCACGAGACACUAGCAGCGGCGCAGGAUUCCCACUCGGCCUACACUACUACGUUGCAGGGCCGGAAAAUCAAUCCAAAACAGGGGUCCACUGAGGCUACAGAACUCGGGUUGUAACAGCUACAACCUAGGAUCAACAACUCAUACGGUUCACGGUCACCUACGUACAGACUUGGAGUUGCUGGCAUAGUAGCUGCCUACAUGCCUAGCCAGUUACAACUUCUACAGAGAGGGGUUGGGGUAC